CCGGCCGAUAGGCACAGCCCUCUGCUAGCCUUGCAGCAUGGGGACCCUGCCAGUAUCUGGCUGGGCCCCCAGAUGCGGCCUGAGAUUUUAUUUAUCGCCACCGCCCGCCUGGUGCCACAGGACCAUCUCUCUCUCCUCUCCAUUGUCGUUCUUCUGCAUUUUUAUUCCCUCGCUGAUUUUUCGAGUCUGCCGCAAUCCACGCUCCCAGCUGCAGUCGCCGCCCCCCCUCUCCACCGCGACUCGCGUCAUCCCAGCCCCGCCAACGUGGGGAACGAGAACCGAGGGUCAAGGAAGCAACUACGAGAAAGAAACAACAUCAUCAACAGACACAAUGGCCAACUUCGGGCGAUUUGUGUGCGUGCUGCUGCCGUUCCUGCUGACGCUGGCAUCGUUGAUUGCGAUGCUGCUCGCGGGCCUGGCGGGCAUCUCCGACAAGGGCUUGUUCAUGUUCGAGAUCAACACGACCAACCUCUCGAUAUCGCCGGACCAGGUGUCGCACAUCCUCGACGGCUCGGGCUUCAACCUCAACAUCCCGAAGGUGUCGGACAUCAACAUUGGCAAGCGGCAGGCGCAGCAGACGAACAACAUCACGUCUAAGGACCUCGGCCUGUACAACAUCUACGACGUCAACAUCUGGAACUACUGCUACACGGCGCAGAACGGCACGCGCGACUGCACCAAGCCGGCCUUCAACUGGGCUGAGUCAGCGCUCAACUCAACGACGGACAACUUCCACAGCCUGAUCACGCCGACUGGUGUCAACGUGACGCUGCCCAAGGAAAUGUCGGACGCGAUCAAGUCCUUCGCCACCGUCUCCAAGUGGACCCAGAUCGUCUUCGUCAUCGCCUACAUCGCGCUCGGCGUCGAGCUCUUCUUCGGCCUCUUCGCCAGCUGCAGCCGCAUCUUCUCGUGCCUGACCUGGGUGAUCGCGCUGGUGACGGGCGUCAUCGCCGGCGCGGCGGCGGGCCUGGCCACGGCGACGUCGGUCAUCGUCGUCGGCGCCCUCGAGGCCUCGGGUAAGCCCUACGGCCUCUCAAGCCACUUGAACGGGCGCUUCCUGGCCGUGGUCUGGAUCGGCGAGGCCUUCGCCAUCGCCGCCGCCCUGUUCUGGAUGUUCACCAUCUGCUGCUGCGCGCCCGACCACGGCUCGUGGCGCCGCAGCCGCAGCCGCGGCGGGCCCGAGGCCGAGAAGUUCAUGCCGGGUCCCUCCGCGGGCUACGAGCGCCUGAGCGACCCCCACGGCAGCUACUCGGGCGCCGGCUACGCCCGCCAGUCGUACGGCCCCGCCUCGCAGCACGCGGGCGCCUACGAGCCCUACUCGCACACUCGUGUGUAAAAUUGACUAUGGCUAUGAGCGAUGAUGAGUGGAUCUCGGAGAGACAGAGACAAAAAGAUGGCGUGAUGGGUUGGGCCACGGGUCGUCUGGAAGAAGCAAAUCAGGGCGUCUCCUUGGUUUGACUAUUUAUUUCUCUUGUUGAUUUGGUGCCGUUCUCGUUUUCCUUCUCCUGCAUCAGUUCGGCGUUGGGGAGGUUUUCUUUUGGCUCCCGGAUUUCGGAAGACGGG